AUGGCUGAUAGUAUCGCUGCCGUCGACAGCGUCUACAGCGCGGACCGGCACUACUACAUGCAGCUUCUAGAGCGCCAGGUUAUGGAGCUCCGGGCUCACCCCGAUCUUCGCACUCGGGUGCUUGAUGGGCUUCGAGAGCUUUCUCUGCUGACACCUGGCUGUAUUGAGGCUGCACUUGUUACUGGUGACGCCGUCUUCCAUCAGCUGUGCAGCACUAUUAAGCCUUAUAUCCUCGCCGCGAUUGCCACUCUCUCUGAGGACAAUGCGGAUCCUGCUAGUGGAUUGAUGGUUGCCGAUCAGCUUGAGAAGGUAGUUCCCUGGGAUAUUCGGGAUCCCCUUACCUUCGGCGGUCCACCCACAUGGCGGUCAUCAUGA